AUGUAUAUAUCAUCCAUUAUCUCCUUCCCUCUGAUGAACCCAAGUUCAUCAUCAUCACCAUCUCCAUCAUCGUCAUCAUCAUCAUCUUCUUCUUCUUCUUCUUCUUCUUCUUCUCUCUCUCUCUCUCUCUCUCUCUCUCUCUCUCUCUCUGGAAAUGCAGUCAUUCAUUGUAACCUGAGCAAAAUGAAGUCUUACAGAGGAAACAUCCUUCUGUCCGUAGUCUAUGUCCUGACAUGCACUUGUGCACUUAUAGCUCUCUUGUACACACAGAAGAUCACUUCUCUCUCUUCCUUCUCCAUUUUCCGACUCAUGUCCUGCACCAACAGAGAUGCCCUCCCUAAAUACAGGGUUGGAAGUGGAGAAUACAGACCCGAGAUCACCGACGAUGACGACCGAUCCGAGUUCGACCCGGAAGCGUGCAAUGACAUAGUCAGAGGCAGGUGGGUGUUCAAUGCUUCACUCAUGCCUCUCUACUCGGACCAGAGCUGCGCUUAUCUGGAGAAGCAAGUGACUUGCAAACAAAAUGGACGGCCCGAUUCGGAUUAUCUCCAUUGGGAAUGGCAACCAGAUGAUUGCUACUUGCCCAAAUUUAACCCAGUAGUUGCUCUGAAGAAGCUCAGAGGGAAGAGGCUGAUGUUUGUUGGGGACUCCGUACAAAGAGGCCAGUGGAUGUCCUUCGUUUGCAUGGUGCAAUCCAUCUUACCAGAGGACCGGAAGUCCCUCACUCGCUCUCGCUCUCGCCCUCACUUAGUCUUCAGAGCCAAGGACUAUAACGCGACGAUCGAGUUCUACUGGGCCCCGUUUCUGGUGGAGUCGAACUCGGAUCAACGCUUCAUUUCGGACCCAGAUAAGAGAAUACUGCACAUCGAUUCCAUCUCCAAGCACGCCGAAAACUGGAGAGGGGUGGACCUCCUGGUGUUCAAUUCCUACAUUUGGUGGAUGAGUGAUCGCCUUAUCAACUCACUGUGGGGAUCAUUCGCAAAUGGAGAAGAAGGGUGCGAAGGGUUGGACAAAGUCACGGCAUACAGACUCGCUUUGAAGACUUGGGCUAACUGGAUCGACUCCGCCAUUGAUCCGAACCGGACCCGUCUCUUCUUCACUACCAUGUCUCCCACCCACUUAAGAAGCGAAGACUGGGGCAACAAAAAUGGCGUCAAAUGCUACAGCGAAACGAGACCAGCGGCGAAGAUCAAGAGACCGUGGGGCUUCAACACAAUGCCUGAUGUGGUUUCCAGCAUAGUGAAGAAGAUGAGGGUCUCGGUCACCUUCAUCAACAUAACGCAGCUAUCCUAUUACCGGGUCGACGGCCACGUGUCGGUUUACACCCAGGGCGGAGGCAAGGUGUCGAUCGAAGAACGGAAAGCCAAUCCGUCGCGCUACGCCGAUUGCAUCCAUUGGUGCUUGCCCGGAGUUCCCGACACAUGGAAUCGGAUACUCUAUGCAUAUUUAUAGAGACAUUACAUAUCCGGCGCUUGGCGCCGAAAGAAAAGUGAAAUUAUUUAUGUACAUAAGUACUUGAGAUUUCGACCUUUUUAAGUAUCGACCGCCCUUUUCGCAAAUGAUUCGAUUGGCCAUGCAUGUCAUCGAUGUAUAGUGAAGUUUACUUUUUCUUGUAGCUCUUUUA